CUGCAAUUCCAUUAUUUCGUGAAAAGUUAGACCAUUUGAUGACCUGUUUCUUGGGAGAUAUCAAUUGUUUUACCUACAUUGGCUUAUAAACAUUCAGUCCAUACUACCUUUCUGUCAACCACCUAGACCUUUGUAUUCACCUUGCUGAGAAAGCUCAAAGGCCAACAUUUGCAAGAUACAACAUUAAGGGUCCAGGUCAAUUCAUUGAUGCAGUCUCAAAAUACAAUUAUAAAUUACAUUUUAGAGUGAACACUCCUUCCACAACUGUAAUUUAGCAUUUCCUGAUUUUCAAAUUAAGUCAUCAGCAAAAUGUAAAGGACUACAACCUUCAGUUUCUGACCGGAAGCAGUCUUCUGAAAAUGUUGCAUGAUGGGAAUAUGUCAGCGCCCGUGUUAGGGAAAAAGAUCGCUAAAAUUUCUGCAAUUUUUACCAAGAAAAUGACCUCUCCGAUGAGUACUUUCUUCUCACAAGUGAACGCAAUGACUGGAAAACAAGAGUGGGUUAUAAAGGCUGAAAAUUAUGACUAUCAUCAAGAAGUUGCCAGAUCUGCAUAUGCUGAUAUGCUACACGAUGAAGAGAGAAAUAAGAAAUACUAUAUAGGACUGAAGAAAGCCAUACAAAAGAUGCAUUCAGAGGGCAAAAAGGCAAAUGUUUUAGAUAUCGGAACAGGAACAGGUCUGCUUUCUAUGAUGGCAGCCAGGUGUGGGGCAGACUCUAUCACAGCCUGUGAGGCCUUUACUCCAGUGGCCCAGUGUGCACGUGACAUCAUAAAAGCCAAUGGAUUUGGAGAUAAAAUUAAACUCAUUCCUAAGCGCUCCACUCAGAUCACAGUUGGACCAGAUGGCGAUAUGUCCCAUAGGGCUAACAUUCUGGUAACUGAGGUGUUUGACACUGAACUCAUAGGUGAGGGGGCCAUUGGAACAUUCCAUCACGCACACAAAUGUCUCUUACAGGAAGACUGUAUCGUAGUCCCCACUGCUGCCACCAUGUAUGUACAAGUUGUUCAGUCAGACUUCACUAAAAGAUUCAACAAACUUCAACCAAUCAAAGUCCCAGGAUGUGAUGACAUCAUACCGCCUAAUGAUGUCACCAAUUGUCCAGGUGCAGCUGCUGUACAUGAUAUACAGAUGGAUCAGCUGUCACAUGACCAAUUUCAACCAAUCACUGAACCAGAAAAAGUAUUUUGGUUUGACUACAGUGGUAAAUCUGAGAUCAAAUUCAGUGAUAAAAGUAUGAAAACCACAACAGCAUUACAGAGUGGUGAUUGUGAUGCCAUCUUUAUGUGGUGGGAUAUUCAAAUGGAUUUGGAUGGUGAUGUCAUGCUCAGUUGCGCCCCCAGGUGGGGACAUCCUGAACCAAAGAAUAUGCAGUGGAGGGAUCAUUGGAUGCAGGCAGUUUAUUAUCCCCCCAGUAGUUGCACGGUUGCUAAGGGAGACCAAGUAAACAUUCAUAGUUUUCAUGACGAUUACAGCCUCUGGUUUGAUGUUACAAAAGGGGAAACAAAAGACUUUGAUACUGAACACCCAGUCUGUACAUGUGGGGUUCACAUAUUGUACAGCAGGGGCAGAAUAGGAAUGCUAAAUGAUUCACACAGAAACUCAGUCUAUGCCAAUGCUUUGAGGAAGGUGCUGCAGCCAGGGAGUGUUUGCCUGUUGCUAGGUGAUGGUUCGUUUCUACCAAUGCUGGCAGCUAGACUUGGGGCACAAUGUUAUGUACUAGAGACCAACCACAUAGCCAGGAGAGUACUAGAGGCUUACUGUACAAGGAAUGCACUCACAAAUGUCAAAGUGAUCAACAAAGAACCAUCAGAAGUGACUGAAGGGGACUUAGAUGGACAUAAGGUUGAUAUUGUACUAGCAGAGCCUUACUUCUCUUCAAGUAUACUUCCUUGGCACAAUUUCCAUAUGUGGUUUGCCAUGAAAGAACUGACCAAUCACCUUCGAGACAAUGCUUCAGUCCUUCCGCAUAGUGCAACAAUAAAAGCAAUCGGUGUAGAGUUCAAAGACUUGUGGAAGAUCCGUGCCCCUCUUGGAAUUUGUGAAGGCUUUCAACUAGGAAUAUUUGGUCAGCUUAUAGAGAAUGCAUCAGAGCUAGCAGACGACAAUGUUGAAGCACAGCCACUGUGGGAAUACCCUGGUGUUGCCCUGACAGAACCAUUUGAUCUGAUCAAAUUAGACUUCAAUAAACCUCCAUCAAGUCAAGGAGAAAUUUGUUGCGAGAGAUCUGUCAAUUUUAUGAGUGAGGGAACAUGUAAUGGUGUUGCAUUAUGGAUUGACUAUUCCCUUGACCAGGAUAACACUUGUGCAAAUACCUCACAAACUCAGGAUAACACUAGUGCACAUAUCACAACAGGUUUAUUUGAAAAAGCCACCAUUGGACAUCAGUUAAAAUGGGAUCCAUUUACAAGACAAGGAGUCCACCUUAUCAAACCAUCUAAUAUCACAGGAUCAAAUACUCUGAAAGUUAACUCUGAGUUUAAACUGAAUACAGGAGAUAUAGAUUUUAAAUUCCAAAUUCUGUAACAGAUAAAUUGUUGAAAA